UCUCAGAAAACGGACACUCACGGUAACAAAAUCCGAGCAGCCUUUGUGGCGUCGCAUGUUUGGUGACGUCCAACAGCCGACUGGCUGUGAAGUCUUCAGGGCCGAGGCCUAGAGACUUUUUGCAGCGGACGCUACUGUCAUUUUAUGUGGAUGUCUAGCCAGUUUUCAGUGCCCGGUCUGAUCGGGUGUUGUCCGAUGAAGCACUUUAUUGACUAGCUGAAGCGGAAACGGUCGCAAACGUUCGUCAUCUUGUUGACGCUACCGCUAAGUGCCAGCGAGGAAGUAAGGAACGGAAAAAAAAAUGACAUCUCGGAGGUGGUUUCACCCCAACAUCUCAGGCGUGGAGGCGGAGAACCUCCUGCUGACCCGAGGAGUGGACGGGAGCUUUUUAGCCAGACCCAGCAAAAGCAAUCCAGGAGACUUCACCCUCUCAGUACGGCGAAAUGGAGCCGUCACCCACAUUAAGAUCCAAAACACAGGAGACUACUACGACCUGUACGGCGGGGAGAAGUUUGCCACGCUAGCUGAGCUGGUGCAGUAUUACAUGGAGCAUCAUGGGCAACUGAAGGAGAAAAACGGAGACGUUAUCGAGCUCAAGUAUCCGCUCAACUGUGCUGACCCCACAUCAGAGAGAUGGUUUCACGGACAUCUGUCAGGCCGCGACGCGGAGAAGCUGCUGACGGAGAAAGGCAAGAACGGCAGCUUCCUGGUGAGGGAGAGCCAGAGCCACCCCGGGGACUUUGUUCUGUCGGUCCGCACCGGAGACGACAAAACGGACACCAACGACGGCAAACCCAAGGUCACUCACGUCAUGAUCCGCUGCCAGGGUGACCUGAAGUACGACGUGGGGGGAGGAGAGAAGUUCGACUCCCUCACAGACCUUGUAGAGCACUACAAGAAAAACCCCAUGGUGGAAACUCUUGGCACCGUCCUCCAGCUGAAGCAGCCGCUGAACACUACCCGCAUUAACGCAGCCGAGAUCGAAAGUCGAGUUCGGGAGCUGAGCAAGCUGGCAGAGGCCACGGACAAGGUCAAGCAAGGCUUCUGGGAAGAAUUUGAGACUCUGCAGCAACAGGAGUGCAAGCUGCUCUACAGCCGCAAAGAGGGUCAGCGACCAGAAAACAAAAACAAGAACAGAUACAAGAACAUUUUGCCUUUCGACCACUCACGUGUCGUGCUGAACGAUGGCGACCCGAGCGAGGCCGGCUCCGACUACAUCAACGCCAACAUCAUCAUGCCUGAGGCAGACUCUAAGUGCAACAAUGCCAAGCCGAAGAAGAGCUACAUUGCCACUCAGGGUUGUUUGCAGAACACCAUCAGUGACUUCUGGAGGAUGGUGUUUCAGGAGAACUCUCGGGUCAUCGUGAUGACCACCAAAGAGGUGGAACGAGGGAAGAGCAAGUGUGUAAAGUACUGGCCCGAGAUGUCGGCUCUGAAGGAGUACGGCGCAAUGCGCGUCCGCAAUGUCAAGGAGACGAAAGCUCAUGACUUCAUCCUCAGAGAACUGAAGCUGUCCGAAGUUGGUCAGGGUAACACAGAACGCACAGUGUGGCAGUACCACUUCAGAACCUGGCCGGACCACGGCGUCCCCGCUGACCCGGGCGGCGUGCUGGACUUCUUGGAGGAAGUCAACCUGAAACAGGAGAGCAUUUUGGAUGCUGGACCCAUAACAGUACACUGCAGUGCAGGGAUCGGACGGACAGGGACGUUUAUAGUGAUCGACAUCCUGAUCGAUGUGAUCAGAGAAAAAGGGGUGGACUGUGACAUCGACGUGCCGAAGACCAUCCAGAUGGUUCGCUCCCAGCGCUCGGGGAUGGUGCAGACGGAGGCGCAGUACCGGUUCAUCUACAUGGCCGUGCAGCACUACAUAGAAACACUGCAGAGGCGCAUCGAGGAGGAGCUGAAAAGCAAGAUCAAAGGACGCGAGUACACCAACAUCAAGUACUCGUUGUCUGACCUGUCCGGCGGAGAGCAGAGCCCCUUACCGCUCUGCUCGCCCAGUCCGACUCCCGUCUGCACAGAGAUGAGAGACGACAGCUCCAGAGUUUAUGAGAACGUGGGGCUGAUGCAACAGCAGAAGACCUUCAGAUGAGACUCGCCUUUAAUUCCAGGACUCUAUCAGUACCAGGAUCCUGAUAUCUGACAGUUUUUCGCCAGCUACACCUUGACGCCUGAGACUUGACCAUGUGGAACAAUAGGAGGUGGGGUUGGGUGGGUGGAGGGAUGGGUGGGGGGUAUGGGACAUACAACAACCAAACUAAAACCUGAGGGAGAACCAGAUGGCGGGCUCAUAAUCUUGUCGCGCUUUCUACUCGACCAUUUUCCCUCAAGUUGAACUCUAAACCACUGUGAUCAUCAGAGGAGCCUUUGAGAAGCCAAACGCGUCACCUGCUUAAAGCCCAGCUCCAGUUCAAUCCUUGGGGGUCAACAGGGGGGAUACACAGUUAACCUUCGCUCAUCUUCUGUAUAUUUUAUGUUUUUUUUUUUUUUUUCUUUAUUAACCAAAGUUAAAGUAGAGUAUUUAGAAAAAGAUGUGAGGAGUUUCUUGGAAAAGGCCUGUGCCAAACCCA